CAUAAUUCAGUGCUUAGCAGCUGAAGGGAAAUAUGAAACAAGGAAACCAAACCUAUGUCUGUCUCUCCUAGAACAGGACCCUAGAGCCAUGAAGAAUGUCUCCUGUAUUACCUGACAAGUGGCUAACUAUUCUCUUCUCUUCCCAUCCAAAGGUGCUCCAGGCCCUAGCUCACUCAGCCACAUCCACCAUGUGUGAAGAAGAGACCACCGCCCUCGUGUGUGACAAUGGUUCUGGCCUGUGCAAGGCAGGCUUUGCAGGAGAUGAUGCCCCCAGGGCUGUCUUCCCCUCCAUUGUGGGCCGCCCUCGCCAUCAGGGUGUAAUGGUGGGAAUGGGCCAGAAAGACAGCUAUGUGGGGGACGAGGCUCAGAGCAAGCGUGGGAUCCUAACCCUCAAAUACCCUAUUGAACACGGCAUCAUCACCAACUGGGAUGACAUGGAAAAGAUCUGGCACCACUCCUUCUACAAUGAGCUGCGGGUAGCACCCGAAGAACAUCCAACCCUGCUCACAGAGGCUCCCCUAAACCCCAAGGCCAACAGGGAGAAGAUGACCCAGAUCAUGUUCGAAACCUUCAAUGUCCCUGCCAUGUAUGUCGCCAUUCAGGCUGUGCUCUCCCUCUAUGCAUCUGGCCGCACCACAGGCAUCGUUCUGGAUUCAGGGGACGGUGUGACCCACAACGUCCCCAUCUAUGAGGGCUAUGCACUGCCCCAUGCUAUCAUGCGUCUUGACCUGGCUGGGCGGGACCUCACGGACUACCUCAUGAAGAUCCUCACAGAAAGAGGCUAUUCCUUUGUGACCACAGCCGAGAGAGAAAUUGUGCGAGACAUCAAGGAGAAGCUGUGCUACGUGGCCUUGGAUUUCGAGAAUGAGAUGGCCACAGCGGCCUCGUCUUCCUCCCUGGAGAAGAGCUACGAGUUGCCUGACGGGCAGGUCAUCACUAUUGGCAAUGAGCGCUUCCGCUGCCCCGAGACCCUCUUCCAGCCUUCCUUCAUCGGCAUGGAGUCAGCUGGAAUUCAUGAGACAACAUACAAUUCCAUCAUGAAGUGUGACAUUGACAUCCGCAAGGAUUUGUAUGCUAACAAUGUCCUCUCUGGGGGCACCACCAUGUACCCCGGCAUUGCUGACAGGAUGCAGAAGGAGAUCACAGCCCUGGCUCCCAGCACCAUGAAGAUCAAGAUCAUUGCUCCUCCGGAGCGGAAGUACUCCGUCUGGAUUGGAGGCUCCAUCCUGGCCUCUCUCUCCACCUUCCAGCAGAUGUGGAUCAGCAAGCCGGAGUACGAUGAGGCUGGGCCCUCCAUUGUCCACAGGAAAUGCUUCUAAAGUCAGAGGGGCUUCUCUGAGGGUCCCUUCAAGACUGCUGUUACCAACCACAAACCAUUAAAACCUUCAAGCCUUA